CCCGCGGAAGGUGACUGCCGCCAUGGGCAAGAAGAAGAUCGCAAAGAGGUCCAAGAUCAAGUCCUUCGUGAAGGUUUACAACUACAACCACCUGAUGCCCACCCGGUAUUCCGUCGAUAUUCCGCUGGACAAAACAGUGGUCAAUAAGGACGUGUUCAGGGACCCCGCUCUAAAACGCAAAGCGAGACGUGAAGCCAAGGUGAAAUUUGAGGAAAGAUACAAGACUGGCAAGAAUAAGUGGUUCUUCCAGAAGCUGCGAUUCUAAAAGCGUAAGGAGGUUGCAUCAAUAAAUGUUUAUUAAAAACCA